AUGAAUCAAAUCUUCAAGUCUAUUCCCAUUCUCUGUUUAUUUUCUCUGGUCAGCGCCCAGUAUGGAAACCCUGGCGGUUCUGGGGCCAACACUGUAACUACUUCUUCGUUGCUUCCUUCUUCCACUACCGCAACUUCAUCUGCAGUCCAAACCGUUACCGUCGGUAGAGGUGGACUCAUCUUCAGCCCAGAUACGCUCACAGUUUCUCCUGGAGGCAAAGUUGAAUUCCAGUUUGUAUCAGGAGACCAUUCAGUUACACAAUCAACCUUUGCGGAUCCCUGUCACCCUGUGAACGAGACCAGUCUCUCCAGCGGAAUUAUUAGCGCCGGUGGAGGCCCACCAGUGGUCUUUACUGUGACUAUCAACGAUACAAAGCCUCUAUGGUAUUACUGUGCUCAAGGUAGACAUUGCCAGGCCGGUAUGGUUGGAGUCAUUAAUCCUCCUCCCACCGGUCCGAAUACUCUUGAUGCAUACAAGGCCGCAGCAAAAAAUGCAAACGCCAGUACUGAUACGGCCUCUGUCAAUGGCGGUGUUUUCGGAGUAGAAGCCAGCAGCAGUCCGUCCGCAAGUAGCACUGCUGCAAGUAGCACGUCCGCAAGUGCCACGGCUGCAAGUGGUACAGCUUCAAGCAGCCCAAUUCCCACAGGGGAUGCGCCAGUUUUCGGUGCCUGGAGCAAGAUGUCCACCCUUCUCCUCCUGUCUGUCCUUGCAGCUCUGUGCUUUAUGUGA